CCCGAUCCUCUUUUGGAAAAUAUGUUUGAAAGGUUAAGGAUAAAAGACGAGGUCUAUGGGGGCCCUAAGCUUUCUACAGACCUGGGCAUGUGUAAGCUUUAUCAACAUACACUGGGUUGGAAACACAAUAUCAAAACCCUGGGCCCUGCGAAAAUCUCAGAGGUUAAAUGCGUGGCCUCAUACAACUGGGUACGCAAGGAUAGGGUGACCAUGCUAAUUCCAGGUAAGGAGAUACCGAUCUUGAUUUGGUCUUACUACUCCAACAAUAAUACUCGAUCACUAACGUAAGCCAUGAAUAGGAGCUCCUCCUGUUUGGCAUCCAUCACACAGUAUAUGCCAUAGUGCUGAAACCGAAGGAAUAUCCCAAAGUGACGUUGAGACUACCUACAAAUGGCUGCCAGGUAGAAGUCCCGAAGAUGCCUACAGGGUAGUGUAUCAAAAUGACGGCAAAGGUGGAUGGCAUGGACACCCGCUGGAACCUAUGAUCUAUGCCGCUAAGCUUAUGGAUCCGACCUUUGACCUGAGCAAGUUUGAUUUUGUGAUUGACGCGGCUGCCAUAGAAUCCAUGCUCGCCUUCAUACAAUUUGAGGCCAACGACCAUAACUUGAAAGUUGAACUAGUCAAUAGGACCGUGUUUAUUGCCAGCGAGGAAUCAGAACGCUACCCAUACAGCUACCAACCUCUGGUAGAUGGCGCUCUCACGUGGGAAGACUGCGUCAAGGACUCAAUAUCCCAUCAGAGAGUGCUCUCGUAUGUCUUUGGGGGGCAUCGGAUUCUUAUCAGGUGUUCCACCCAUGGCUAUCUUCCCGGAUCAGCUGGAGAGGGAGCGGAGGGUAAAGAAGGUGAAGGACCCGUCGUCGAGAAAGAUAACGGUUCGGACGCCCCUAGAUUUGGUACUUCAGCCAAAGGGUUCCCGGUAGCUCAUCGCUGUGGGAGGACUAUACCGCAGGAAGCAAUCUUCGACUUUAAGGGCAAUGAAAAAGGCGCUCCCCGCAAUUCACCUUCGGAGGGAGAUAUCGGUUGGAUGUGGAUUCGACAAGUCUCGAAGAUCAUGACUGUAGAGACAGGUGGAGCGUACAAUAAUGCUAAGGUCCAAGAUACCACCUCACUUGUGCAUCAGUGGGAAGAUAAAAACCGGCUUGAUCUCGUGCAGCUUGCAGAUUUGUUGUCAAAAAUGCGGCACUAUGCUAAUGAAUCCCGCUCUAGGGGGCUCUUGAUCCGCCGCGUGAUAUAUCCCAAACCCGAAUUCAUGUCGGUUAUUGAAUCAAAAACUCCUCGAACCAUAUCCCUUGCCAUGCUCAACUACGACCCGACCUCAAGUAAGGAACCCUCUAGUACUAACGAGGAGGAAAAGGAGCGCAAUACUGGGUUAGGCAGUUUCCCAAAGUGCACCAUCAAGGAGAAAGCUGAGCAGGAAUUUUAUACAGUGGCGGGCAUCUCAAAGAGCAGCUCCUUGGAAUCCGUUGCCUUGACCGACUGGGAGUUUUUGGACGAAGCGGAGUGCGACACGGAGUGGAUUGAGGUCGAGAGCAGAAGAUCAAAGCCUAAGAAACUCUCGAACUAAUCUAAGGGAAUUGCAGGCCUAGGUGAGGAUGUGAUUGUAGUAUUUGACAUGGCAUUUGAGGUGUUGACUUGGUAACCGGCAUAUAAAGUGACUUCAUGGCGACUCGUUUAGACUUUGUUUAGGCUCUGGAUAUAGGAAUAUGGGGUCAUUAUAUCUAACUAUGGGUUGUUUAUCCAGCUGUUGAUGUACUCCAGCAGUAUUCCACUUGGUGAUGUUGUACCUAGUUAUCAAUGUUAGCUUUGUAGGCUGUUUGUAGAAGUUCCGGCGCAGGAAACCUGGCGCUUACACAGCAAAAAGACGAAAAAUACGAAAAGUAAAAUAA